GUGGGACGUGUCGGUGUCACGGUUAGGCAUAAAACCAGAGGUGACAAUAAGCUAGUAUGAUGUACUGGUAAGAAGCUAUGUCUGCAAUACAGGUGAAGCUAUGUCUGCCAUACAGUUAUACAGAAACCAUGAAUAUAUGAUGUAGUGACUACUGUUUAAAACAAUUGAAUCAUGAACACUGACCUUUGGAAAACAAUCUCAAUUGCCAAGCAGGAGAAGCACAAAAAUCUAUACCUAAAUUACAAGAACCUUCGCAAAUUCCCUCAUGAAUUACUGAAAGAUGGUGGCGCACGUCACUUAGAACAUCUCUAUAUGAAGAUGAAUUCAUUAACAACACUGCCAGAAAACCUUGGACAGAAGCUUCCAAAUCUUACUGAAUUAUAUUUGCAUUCCAAUAACAUCGAAGUCAUUCCAGAAGCAAUUAGCACCCUGGUUAAACUUCAGUCAUUGGAUCUUAGCAAUAAUGCAUUGGCUAUCCUGUGCCCUGAGAUUGGUCAGCUGAAAUCUUUACGGCACCUGCGAUUGGCAAACAACCAACUGAAAUUUCUUCCUUCAGAAAUUGGAGACUUAAAAGAACUGCAGACCCUCGAUGUCUCAGCCAAUUGCUUGACUGCAUUGCCAGAAAGACUUCAUUUAUGCUUUUCCCUACAGUAUUUGGCUGCCGACCGGAACCAACUUAAAGAUUUACCCAGGCAGCUUUGCAUACUUCCAAAUUUGAAAGAACUCUCUGUAACUAGCAACAAUUUAAAAUGUUUACCACAAGAUCUGGGGCGAUAUCCAGAGCUUCAAUACGUAUACGUAGACAACAACAUUCAAUUAUAUGGACUACCUUCUUAUCUCUAUAACAAAGUUAUUGGCCACAGUGGUUGUGGUUCCUUAACACAAGAUGAAGAAGUGAAGCUGUCGUUCUCCCAUAGGCAGAUGACCAUCACUCUGCCAGAUGAAAUCCUGGGAAUAGGAACAGAAAAUGACCCUGUGCCAACCCUUCAAGAAAUGGUUAUGAGAACUAUCUACAGUUUUUUCAGAAUAUCUGAGAAAGGUCUGGAUCUCUUGUCCCCAAUCUCAUUACCUAGGAAUCUGUACAAGUUACUAUUCUACCCACUGGGACAUUGUCAUCACUGCGGCAAGCCAAUGUUUACAAUUGUCUAUCCUAAGUGUUAUCCUCUGAUGGAGACCCCUAUGGCUGCCUUGUAUAAUGGGAGAACAAAAAUGAGCUUUGUAGCAUACUGCUGCUCUGUCAAGUGUCUACAGCUUUUUGACUUGCUCAGAUGAUAGAUCUCAUGAUGAGGAAUGAAUUACUGUCAGCACUUGGAAGAGACAUUUGAAGGUGCAACUCUCUGUGACAAGCACAGUUCAUCAGUAAGGCCUCUAUGAUUUGCAAAAACUGUGUCAAGUUUUUGGGACAUUGCGAAGAUUAUGAUCCUUCUUCAGUUUGAACUAAAAAUUAUUACAACUCCAAGCAGUUAUGAAAUUUACUGUCAUAAUUAAACAUCAAGACUGUUUGAGAGUCAGUUACCUGUAAGCUAAUGAAUAAUGUAAGAACCAGGGGCAAAUCUGCAAGCAAGUAAAUAAAUGAAACCAUUCUGGGUCAAUUAUUUCAAGGGCAAAGGAAACUUUGUUUGAAGUGGUUAAUUACAGAAUUUGGAUGACUUUCUCCAUAAUUGAACUUCUCUUUGUUGUUAAAAUCAAGGCAUUACUUUUUAUUUGAGAAUGAAGUAGUGGUUUAUUAUCAAAUAGAAUGCAUUAUGAAACAGUUACAAGCAAAUUGUACAUUACGGGCUACUCCUACAUUAUUGGGGAGUGGGGUGGGGGAGGGGGUGUGUUGUUGGACAACAGUCCGUAUCACAAUUUUCAGUAACACGACACUCUGAAAUCUGCGCAUGCGUCAAGAAACGCAAGUUCAAAAAAAUUGUGUUUAUGUGUUUACUUUUUUUUCCCCACAUAAAUUCCAUGAGAGUGAAUUUCCAUCCUCUUCUCAAAUUUUUGGGUAGUCAUUUGUGAAUUCCCUUGCCCAAAUGGCUAAUUUUACAACCAUGUGCAGAUUGGAGGGUUGUUUACAAAUAGUCUUAAGUAAUUCUUGUUGAAUAACUACUCCCAAAAGACAUGGGGCUAUCUUAUUUGUUACAAGUAACAUUAAAAAUUUCCAUACUUAAUGACUUAUGUUUCAAAUAUUACUGUUUACAAGAGCAGUUACCACUUUGCAAGGUUACUACGUUGUAGUAAUGUGUUCACGUGCCAGCUGCUACUGGCACAUAAAAGUCAUGUGGAUUGGGAGAUCAGAAUGGCACUAACUGGUGUGUUAUAAAACUACAGACUAUUGGUUGUUGGGUUUGAUCCUUCAUGUAUACAAAUUAAAUUGAUUUCAUCCACAGUAGCAAAAGAAAGCACAAAAUUUUGUCCCCUGAAGAGACAAAUGAGACAUGGGCGGUAAUUGUUAGCCUGCUACAGUUAAAAAGUUAAUGACCAAGAUUUAUAGAUUUUCAUGAUAUACCUUCACAGGAUUGAACUCCCUUUACUUACCCCUGAUCUUUUACAAGUUCAUUAUGUACAAUGUGAGAAUGGUUUAAGGAGGAUUGGUCUAAGAGAGGAUUACAGACUAAUUUGGGCAUUUCCUAAGUGGAAUAAAUUUACUUUUCAUCAAAAUAUGAACGAAUCAUUGUCAAAGCAAAUAGUGCCACAUCCACUUUCUGUCAUGCAUUUUUUUUCUACAGGGUAGUUUGUUACACUUUUUAAGAAGUAUGGAACAGAGUCUUUCAGAGGGGCAAAGCCAGAAUGCUGUCAUGGAAGGAGUAAUUGGACAAAGGCCUGUAUCUGAACAAUGCCCUGAAGCCGAUGAUGGGCCAAUUCACUGAAGAGAGUCAGGUUGAAUAUGUUUAAUGACAGCAGUGUUUUCCUGUACUCACAGUUCAAUGUGUGUCUGAAUAAAAAUGAAAAUAAUUGGCUUCAAUUACUUACUGGAAAUGGCCAGUCAUUGAACUGCAGUAAGGUUGUGCUGCUGACCUGGUCUGUUCUUUUAAAUUUCCAGGUACAGUCUAUGGAAUACUAGGUAAUUAGAGCUGCUUCUAAAUUCUUAGCAUGAAUUACUCAACAGUCAGCUCUGGGUUCUAGGUCAAUACCUGGGAGGAAAUGCCUCCCUUGCUUUUUUUAAAUUUUGUGCCUGUUUUCCUUCACAUCAGCCUCCAUAGUUGUGAAUCUCUUUCUUCCUCGUCUCCAGUUCUGGUGAUGUAAGUCACUCCCAGUCAUCAGCUUUCUGCUGGACAGUGAGUCCCCCCUUCGCUUUUGUAUUGUCAACCUUGUGUCAACAACAUUUCUGUGGUAUUGCUUAUGGACUUCUGCUUAACUGCAAUGAAAAGACUCCUGUGAGUCCUUCAUAAGCUUAUAGAGCUUGACCCAGAGAACUAAUUCAAUGUUUUUCAGCAAGUCAGAUAUUAGCCUGAACCAAAAAAAUACCAUAAAAGCUGUUAUCUAAAAUACCAUAAAAGCUGGACUUGACAGGAGCCUGAAAAUUGAAUAUGUCUCUUAACCCAAUGCCAACUUGGGUGCUACCUCAUUGUUAGCCUGGGUGCCCAUUAAGUACUGCCCUAUUGUGAGCCUGGGCCUCAAAAGCUGGUUCAGUGUUGGCCAUGGUGCUCCCUCUGAAUUGUAGAGUCAUAGAGUACUACUGCACAGAAACAGGCCCUUUGGCCCAUCUAGUCCAUGCCGACCUGACCUUCUGCCUAGUCCCAUCUACCAUAUCCCUCCAAACACCUUCCAUCCAUGUACCUAUCCAAACCUCUCUUAAAUGUUACAAUUGAACCUGCAUCUACCACUUCCGCUGGCAGCUUAUUCCACACUCACACCACCCUCUGAGUGAAGAAGUUCUCCCUCAGAUUCCCCUUGUAUAUUUCACAGAAUUAGAGCAUACUGUUCUGGAUAACCGAGCUUUUGCUGCAUCUUUUUUUUAAAUCACUCAUGACUUCAUAUGGAAUUGUUGUCUCUGUUAGAAUUUUAGCUGCUAGUACACUGAGAUGGAGAGAAAGGAUCAGAAUUGUAAUGCAUGCCACCUGUUCCUAAUGGAUGAGGCUCUUUUAUUUCUGAAAAUUCCCUGGCCAACAGUACUGCCCAUGAGCCAUUUUUGCAGGGAGAGGAACAGCCUAAAAGCUCUCAGUCAUUACAGACUAGAAAAAAAUCAAUGAAUAUUAAUACUGAAUGUAGUGAAAAGUUGACCAGAAAGGUCGUGAUAGUUUAAGUAAUAUAUGAGGUAAUCUGCCAAAUGCAUUUUACACUUUGUGUUUUGACCAAUUUUUAUUUACCUAUCAAAGCAGCUGUUCAGGCAAUUGCCCAAAUCCUUCUCGUGACGGAUCUAUCUUGUUCACCACUUUGUUGAUCUGGAGGUUAGUUCAUUAUCCAUUAAUGACUUUGCUCAUAGUCAUUACAUAAUACAGUAUGCUGUAUUCCUUGAAAAUGUCACUUACACUUGGUGGUUGCGAAGAAUCUUAAGUGUGCAUUAAGCCUCCAUUAUCUGUUUUCACAUUCCUUAAUGCUAGCCAAGAUAGUCGAGGUGAGAUAUUUUGAAUGGAAUUCUCUGGUCAGUGAUCUGAAUAUAGAAAUAUGGCUUGUGCACUUCUGGCCCAUUGAGUGGAAAGUGCCAAACUGUCUCUGGUUCCAAACUGUCACUGAUGAAAAGAACUGUUAAACUUGAGGUAUUUCUCUUGGAAAGAUUUAUAGUUGUGCAGCACUCAAUGAAAUGGAUUUCACCUUAAGCCUAACCUCUCCUUUCACUGCUUGAAAAGAACAACCAUCUACUUUUCCCUAGCCCAAUUAUUGGCAUAAUAAAUAGAAACCGUUCCACAGCUAUUAUGUUGGUGUAGGGUGAGAUUUAAUCUCUUGAUGCCUCAUAGUCACAGAUUCCUCUUCCCAGAACGAUCUGAGAAUAUAAACAUUUCUAUGGAUUAGUGUUGCAGUAAAAUUUUGAGAGAAGGGCCCUUUUUAUAGCAUGUGGAACAGAUCAGUCACUUGGCAUUUUUUAAAAAUUGUGUUCUUGUUCCAGUUACUUUACUAGCAACAGCACACAUUUUGGCAGUAGUGAAAUGGCCACAAUCCAACAAUAGCAACAGUUGAGCAGCACCUAAACCCUUUUUUUUGCAUGAUUACAGUAACUACUUUCAUAUGAGUAAAAUUUUGCACACCACGCAACCAGAAGCACACCAACAAUAUCAUUAUUGUAGGAUCCAUCAACUUGGUUUAGUACUUUCCACUUAAUUUGCUGCAUGUGAUUUGAUACCAAAUCCUGUGGAUUUCUCAUUAUCCAGCUGGUUGUUUUUGGAAGGGAUCUCAUACCUAUUGAAUUGCCUGAUUUAAGGAUACAAAGUUACAACCAACAGAGGUGGUGUUUUAAAGCAUACUCUCACAUAUUACCGUCAAGGAGGCUUCAUUUAAGGUCGUCUUUCAACCUAUUUGGGUCUUAAAAGCAGCAGUCACCUGGAUUGUAAAAGUAACAGCACAAUGAUGCAGCAGUUUGUGUUUCUGCCUCACAGCUCUAGUGACCUGAGAUCUCCAGUGCGGUCUGUGUGAAGUUCGAACAUUUUCUAUUUGAAUGUGUGGAUUAUCCUAGGGUGUUUUGGUUUCUGCCCACAUCUCAAAGAUGUGCUUGUAGGUUAAUUGGCCAUCAUAAAAUACCGCCAGUGUAAGCAAGUGGCUGAAGUAUCAAAGUGGAGUUGAUGGGCAUGUAGAGAGAGAAUAGGUUACAGAGAAAUAAGAAGGGAAAUGGAACUGGUGGGAUUGUUUUGCAUGAACCCAGGGGAUAGAAUGGUCUCUUCCUGAGUCAUAAUAAAUAAGCAAGCAUGAUGUAUACAUUUCUCAGCUUCCCAAAAGGACUUAAUAAUAGAAUCAAACAAAACUACAGUUUAAAAAGUUACAGUGUACAGCGUUUAAUUUUUUAAAACUCUUCUCCCCCCUCAGUUGCAACAUAUUGGGGUGAGCAUAUGCUAUGGGGCAAGAUCACAAGUGCAAAGCAUAUUGCAGGAAUUCUUGGAUUUGAUGAAAUGUAAUUUGUUUUUGGCUUUCUCAGUUCAAGCCUCAAGUUUGAAACCAUACUUAAGAUUUAUGGGAGCACACAUAUUAUGUGUAAAUUUAUCAGUGCAGUACACUACAGUGUGAAUAUGCCAUCACUGCAUUUGAUUAUUUAAAUGACGUGUUAAUUUUACAUUAUCGUCUUGUAAUCCUCAGCAUUGUGGCAGUCCUGCCAUUUAGUAAGAAAACAGGUUACAGUUGGUCAGAUAAUUGCUCUACAGUUCUUGGUUCCUUUGUUCAGUUUAGCUACAAUUUCAUUCAUGGCUGUCAUUACGGCUAAUCUGAAUGACGAUGGAAUGAGUUGUCUUAAUUCUAUUUUAAACUAUACCCUGUAAGCAACAUUACUGUUAUUUUUAAAUUAUGCAUAAAUGUUUAGUUUGUUUUUGUACUGAUGCCUCGAUUUCCUCCCUUCUUCCAAGGUAAUUCAUGGUUUUAGAUUUGUUGCUUAGGUUAACAAUAUUCAUGGGACCUUUUAAAUAUUAAAUAUUGCUUUGAUUAAAGUGAUUGGUCACCUUGUUCUCUUAUGCCAUAUACACCCAUUCUCUUACAUGAUUCAGGCAGAUCCAGGAUAGAUUCCUUUUUUACCUCCUGUGGUGGCUAGUUUUAAGCAGGCACUUUUAAGCACAUCUGUCCACAACUAGUUUGGAAUUUUCUAUAUUUACCAGACUGAUUCUGAAUCCCAAUAUACAAUGGGAGGACAAUCUUUCACCUGGACUUUUCCUUUCACCAUCUCUAUAUCUGUAUUCUUGUAUUAUCAUCCUGGCCAAUUGUGAAGGAUUUCCUGCCAAGUCUUGCUGGCUCCAGCUUCUUCCACUUAACAUGGCCUAUAUCAGACAAAACAGAUAGGGGAAAAAAGACUGACAGAACACAGUAAAAUGGAACAAAAGCAGAAAUGAUUGAAUAAAGCCAAAAAUUGUGUGAAUAAAAUGAUAGAAAAGGUUGAGUAUAAAUGGAAAACAA